GACCACGGGUGUCUUCCAACUCUUUCUGGAGAGAUUGGAAGAGUUUCGCCAUCAGUACGUUCCCGACGGCAUCUUUGCGGUAAACCUCCCUUGGAUGCGAGAAGGGGAGCGCUGCUUCGGCCUGGGCGAGACUUGCAGCUACAUCCUCACAG